AUGGGUGACGGUGCGUCUUCUGCAAAAGAGGCGUCCAAGAAGGACAUGUUCAAGUACUCGGCGCCAUGGCCCGUGUACAGCCUUGCGUUUUCUCGCGCAAAGACAAAGCCGUUUCGCCUUGCGGCCGGCUCGUUCAUCGAGGAGUAUAAGAACAAGGUGCAAAUCUUGGACAUCAACGAGGAGACGGGAGACUUUGAGGUGCACAGCCAAGUGGACCACCCGUAUCCAACCACAAAGAUCCAGUGGAUUCCAGACCCCGAGGAGACACGGCCAGAGCUGUUUGCGACCACCGGUGACUAUCUGCGCUUGUGGCGCGUCGGUGAAGGCGAGGGCGGCAGGAACCGCACGAACCUCGAGGUUAUCCUCAACAACAACAAGACGUCAGAGUUCUGUGCGCCGCUGACCUCGUUUGACUGGCAUGAAGUGGACCCCAACUUCAUUGUCACAUCGAGCAUCGACACAACCUGCACUGUCUGGAACAUCACGGCGGAGAAAGCGGCUGGGCGGGCGAUGGGCUCUGUCAAGUCGCAGCUGAUUGCCCACGACCAGGAGGUGUACGACGUCGCAUACUCCAACGACGUCAACAUCUUCACGUCCGUGUCUGCAGACGCCUCUGUGCGCAUGUUUGACCUGCGCUCGCUCGACCACUCGACGAUUGUUUAUGAGGACGAGGGAAACCAGCCCCUGCUCCGUCUCGCAUGCAACAAGCAGGACCCAAACUAUCUCGCGGUUGUGAAGAUUGACGACCCCUCUGUCGUGAUUAUCGACAUUCGCAUGCCGUGCAUGUCGCUGGCUGUGCUCAACGCCCAUUCUGGCGCGUGCAACGGCGCUGUGUGGGCACCGCACUCUGCCGCCCACCUCAUCACUGUCUCGGACGACAAGCGCACCCUCAUCUGGGACAUCUGCAACAUCCCCAUGCGAGCGCCGGAGCCGAUUCUGUGCUACGAGCCCGACGGGCCCAUCAACCAGGUGCAGUGGUCGACCGUCGACACGAGCUGGGUUGGCAUCACCUGGGGCAGCUCCAUCGAGGUGCUCAAGACUUGA